CAAAAAAUUGGCGGCAUGACAAUCCACUCGCUCGGCACUCCUAAAGGCCUAGCAUCGACGCACUCGGCAGUUCCGCUGGCUCUGCCUGGCGCAGGAACCAGGAAGGCGCUGAGCUUAAACUGCAGCAAGUACGGAGGGCGCCGGCGGCGCCGUGGUUUGAAGAGAGGGUUCCAGGUCCCCGCGUCCGGAGGUGAGAGCUCCAAGGACGACCUAGAGAUGGGACGCCGGUCAUCAGACACUGAGGAAGAAAGCAGAAGCAAGAGAAAAAAGAAACACCGGAGACGCUCCUCUUCAAGCAGCUCUUCAGACAGCCGGACAUACAGCCACAAGAAGGGCGGGAGGCGGCCAAGGUCCGAGUCCAGGUCCUGGUCUAGAGACCGUCAGCCUCGCUCCCAUUCUUAUGAGAGAAGGCGCAGGCACAGGUCAAGCAGCAGCUCUUCCUAUGGCUCCCGAAGAAAACGAAGCCGAAGUCGUUCCAGGGGUCGAGGGAAGUCCUAUAGAGCUCAGCGUUCUCGGUCCAAAAGCAGAACAAGAAGGUCCAGGUCAAGACCUCGUCCACGUUCCCAUAGUCGAAGCAGUGAAAGAUCCAGUCAUAGAAGAACCCGUAGUAGGUCAAGGGACAGAGACCGACGUAAAGUACGGGACAAAGAGAAAAGAGAAAAGGAGAAGGACAAAGGCAAGGACAAAGAAGUUCACAGUAUCAAACGUGGGGAAUCUGGAAACAUCAAAGCUGGAUUAGAACAUCUGCCACCAGCUGAGCAGGCCAAAGCCAGACUACAAUUGGUUCUUGAAGCUGCUGCAAAAGCUGAUGAAGCAUUAAAAGCCAAAGAAAGGAAUGAAGAAGAAGCAAAGAGAAGAAAAGAGGAAGACCAAGCUACCCUGGUGGAACAAGUGAAAAGAGUAAAAGAAAUUGAAGCCAUCGAAAGUGAUUCUUUUAUUCAGCAAACAUUCAGAUCAAGUAAAGAAGUCAAAAAAUCUGUAGAACCUAGUGAAGUGAAGCAUGUGACCCCAGCAUCAGGACCAACAUCAGUAGCUGCUGACCCGCCUAGUGUUGGAAAGGAAAUAGACCCUGACAGCAUACCCACGGCUAUCAAGUACCAAGAUGACAAUUCUCUAGCUCAUCCAAAUUUAUUUAUUGAAAAAGCUGAAGCUGAAGAAAAGUGGUUCAAGAGAUUAAUUGCCCUCCGUCAAGAAAGAUUAAUGGGCAGUCCUGUGGCCUAAGGAAGACACUUAUGGUUGAACUGACAGAAGCCUUGAAAAUUGAGGUUUUUAAAUACCAAUAUUAACUUUUACUCAAAAUAAUUUAGCCAACUACAUAGAAAGAAAAUCUCAUUUCUUCCCUAGUGUUCAAUGUUGAUUCAAAUCAAACAUUGUGAAUAGUGAAUCUAUUAUAAAAGGUAUGAGUGCAUGAGCGUAUUGUCUUGUUAAUAAAGCUAAUCACAAAAAUAUCAGUGAUGAAGUAAAUAAAUAUUCAGUAGUGUUUAUCAUGGUUUUUACAAAUUUGUGUUUUGACCCUUUUAUGAAUUCUAAGCAAUAACUGUGUCAUAUUUGAAGACAACAUCUUCUGCUAAAUCUUCUCUUGUGCCAAGUUUGAUGUCAACCCUCUAAUCCUAGUCCUCUGGAGACUUAGGCAGGAGGACCUCAACCCCAGUCUGCACUACACAGCAAGUGCUGGGACACCUUGAACUGCAUGGUGAGGCCUUGUCUGAAAAUAUUUCAAUUAGAAAUCAGUUUGUAUUCGUGUUCUUUUGAAACCUGUAAGCAGACCCAGCCCUAUCCCUUGGAAAUCACAUGCCCACUUUAUCACUCACUUUGCAUUGCUAUGACAUAACCUCAGAGGAAAGGUUUUUGUCUAUUGCUUGAGAAGAUUCAGCCCAUGGUCAGCUGGCUCCACUGCUUUUAGACCUAUGGCUGCUGAUAGGGAUCCAAGAGACAGGAAGGGCCUAAGGUACCCUUCUAAGAUACAUUCUACUCACCUGCUCCUAGUGUGUUCCCUCCCUCCUGACAACCCAUUCAGCUCUGAACUCAUGCUUUAAUUCAUUGGCAAAGUUACAGUCCUUAUAAUCCAGUAACACUCUCAGUAACACCACCAGUGGGGAACCAAUACUUAAACAUUUGAGCCUUGGGGGGACACUUCGUAUCCAAACCUUAAUAACCAUGCUAGACCUAUUUGAUUAUCCAGAUACCCAUGAUGGGAAACCAUUUCUGGGAAAUGAGGGCUCUCACAUCCCUCUUGCUUAGCUAGCUUGUCUUCCCUCCCUAGGAAGCAGCAUGUGCUGUCUUUCUCUAGUGACUGAGCAACAGAACUCAAUGUAAUCGUAGUAGAUGGACUAGAGAGAAGGACUUAGGUCCUUGCUGUACAUAACUGAAUUUCAACCCCUGACACAAAUACUUCCUUUUUCCAUCUUUCUCUGCUUACUUUCACAUGAUCUCUAUGAGGACUGGAGCUUAAGACACAGCCAUGGGAAGUCCUUGAGAUAUGAUACAUAGGACAUUUUGAUUCCAUCUUUUUCAUACUUUAGAACUACAGAAAUUCUCAGCUCUGUUAAAAAAAUGAAAAAAAUGAAUUUGCACUCCAUUGCAAGCGUUAACACAGAGCUUUGUUUUAAAUGCUUGUUUUUAUGAGUACAUGUCCUUGAUCUUAGUAGACACUCUUAAUUAAACAUGGCCAGUAUGAAGUCAAUUCUGUGUAGUUGAUGAUGCAGAUACACAGUAGUGGUUUCAGGACAGAUUAAUGUUUCUGAAAUAUUUUGCAUUUUAGUUCUUUGUAUAAUAUGUAAACUGUAAAUGUGUUCUCACAAGAAAUAUAUGUCUAGGAACAGAUAUAGGUUUUCAAUUGGCCAUAGGGAGUCUCCAGAAUUUUUUCAGUAUGCUUGAGUCUUCCUAUUUGUACAGCAAUGAAGAUACUAUGACCUACUUUAUAAUAUACCUUCCACUCAUAUUCUUUGAUAACAGGUACACCAAACACAGAGGCUUGAAUUAGAAUGAGUUUGUAUAUCAAAGAUAAAUGUUUUGUGGGAAGAAAAUUAAGUUGAAGUUUGUUGUUUUAAGUGAACAAAUAAACUUGGUCCUAAAGAA